AUGCGUGUUGGUGGCUGCCGGAGAAACUGUGUUUCCCCCCCCCCCUUCCCAUUCGCUCUUUCAACUGACGGGAUGUAGUUGCUUGUUUGCUUGCUUCCUUCCUUGUAUCUCCCCCGGCAAUGUGGGUGCGCUUGGUGGAGGCUGCAGCAGCAAGAGCAGCACUAACAGUCAUCGCAGCGGUCCUGGCACCAGCUCUUGCGUGGGGUUGAACGGCUGGUGCCGUUGGCGUGCGUCAAGAUGGCGUGUGUGCUGGAGACGCCACUCCGCAUGAGUAUCCUGUCGGAAGUUACAGCAAGUAGUCGCCAUUAUGUUGACAGAUUAUUUGAUCCUGAUCCUCAAAAAGUACUUCAGGGUGUCAUAGAUAUGAAAAAUGCUGUAAUUGGAAACAACAAACAAAAAGCCAACUUGAUUGUUUUGGGAGCAGUUCCAAGGUUGCUAUACUUGCUUCAGCAAGAAAACUCCAGCACUGAGCUGAAAACGGAAUGUGCAGUGGUUCUAGGAAGCCUUGCAAUGGGUACAGAAAAUAAUGUUAAAUCGCUACUGGACUGCCAUAUCAUACCAGUCUUAUUGCAAGGGUUACUGUCACCAGAUCUUAAAUUCAUUGAAGCUUGCCUCAGAUGUCUUCGUACUAUUUUCACCAGUCCUGUCACUCCUGAAGAAUUAUUGUAUUCAGAUGCUACAGUUAUUCCCCACCUCAUGGCGCUGCUUAGUAGGUCUCGAUAUACCCAAGAAUAUAUAUGUCAGAUCUUCUCACAUUGCUGCAAACUCCGACACUGGCAUAGCUGCGGCUUUAAAUCCUCACCUCAGCCACUUCUAUGUGCCAAUGGUCCAGACCAUCAGACAGUGCUGUUCAAUCAUGGAGCAGUGCAGAAUAUUGCUCAUCUAUUAACCUCUGCAUCUUAUAAAGUUCGAAUGCAAGCACUGAAAUGUUUUGCAGUUCUAGCCUUUGAAAACCCCCAGAUAUCAAUGACUCUUGUAAAUGUGUUGGUCGAUGGAGAACUAUUACCACAGAUAUUUGUGAAAAUGUUACAAAGAGACAAGCCCAUUGAAAUGCAACUCACAUCAGCCAAAUGCCUUACAUACAUGUGCAGAGCUGGAGCAAUCCGUUCAGAUGAUAACUGCAUUGUGUUAAAGACAUUACCAUGUUUGGCACGGAUGUGUAGUAAAGAGAGACUACUAGAGGAGAGAGUAGAUGGAGCAGAAACUCUGGCCUAUUUGAUUGAAACAGAUAUUGAACUACAGAGAAUUGCCAGUAUUACUGACCACCUUAUUGCAAUGCUUGCAGACUACUUCAAAUACCCUAGUUCAGUGAGUGCCAUCACUGAUAUAAAAAGGCUUGACCAUGACUUAAAACAUGCUCAUGAAUUGCGCCAGGCUGCUUUCAAGCUCUAUGCUGCCCUUGGAGCAAAUGAUGAAGAUAUUCGAAAGAAGAUAAUUGAAACUGAAAAUAUGAUGGAUCGGAUUGUAAAUGGCUUAUCUGAGUCUAGCAUCAAAGUGCGCUUAGCUGCAGUCAGAUGUUUGCACAGUUUGUCAAGAUCUGUACAGCAACUACGAACAAGUUUCCAAGAUCAUGCUGUUUGGAAACCCUUAAUGAAGGUAUUACAAAAUGCUCCAGAUGAAAUUUUAGUGGUAGCAUCUUCUACUCUAUGCAAUCUCCUCUUAGAAUUUUCUCCGAGCAAAGAGCCUAUCUUAGAAUCAGGAGCCAUAGAACUUCUCUGUAGUUUAACUCAGAGUGACAAUCUUGCCUUGCGAGUGAAUGGAGUUUGGGCUUUAAUGAAUAUGGCAUUUCAAGCAGAACAGAAGAUCAAAGCAGACAUUUUGCGAGGCUUGAGUACAGAGCAGUUAUUCCAGUUACUCUCUGAUUCUGAUGUAAAUGUACUAAUGAAGACUUUGGGAUUACUUCGGAACCUUUUGUCUACUCGCCCUCAUAUAGAUCAGAUAAUAAGUACUCAUGGGAAACAGAUCAUGCAAGCAGUAACUCUCAUCCUGGAAGGAGAACACAACGUGGAAGUCAAAGAACAGACAUUAUGUAUACUUGCCAACAUAGCAGAUGGAACAACAGCUAAAGAAUUCAUCAUGACAAAUGAUGAUAUCUUACAAAAAAUUAAGUAUUACAUGAGCCACUCAAAUGCUAAACUUCAACUGGCUGCCAUGUUUUGUGUAUCUAAUCUUAUAUGGAAUGAAGAAGAAGGUUCCCAAGAUCGUCAGGAUAAACUCAGAGAUAUUGGAAUAGUAGAUAUUCUACAUAAACUGAGUCAGUCGUCAGAUCCAAAUAUUUGUGAAAAGGCGAAAACAGCACUCCAACAGUAUCUUGCGUGAUGAAAGAGAAGUUGAACUUUCAUAUAAUUUUCAGAGCUAUAUACUAAGGAAUAAUGGGAAAUAGCUGCACCUAAUUUCCUUACCUUUUGCACAAGGCACCUUGGGCUGCAUUUGUCUCAGGUGCAGGGAGCUGCUUGGCAGGAGCAGUUUAAGUGAUCAGGUCUCCAAUGCACUUGAGGACUUUAUUGAGGUAGUUCCUCUAUUCAGAUAUCUAUUCUGGGAUAUUUUUGUCUGAAUUACCUGAAUUCUACUAGAACAAUCAGUAGUCUUUUUUUUCUUUGGGCCUACAAUAUUCUGCUUAUACCACAGCUGAUAUAAGGCUGUGUCUGGGUGGGUGUGAUACCUCAGAGCUUUUUCUUUUCCCUCCCUCUCUGUGUGUGUAUGUAUGUGUGAUUUUUUUCUACAGAUUUUCAAGGGUGAACCAUUGUUUGCUGUAUGAAAACUUUAAAAAAUUAUAUACAAUUUGAAUUGAAAUGUUAUUUAAUAACAGUUUUGUCCCAUGAAGUUUAUUUUGAUCAGAUGAAUGUUUUUGAGUAAAAUAUAUGCAUUUGUUAAACCUCAGCUUAAUGUACCUGUACUUCCUCUUUUAAAACAAAAAGAUACUUACAUGACAGGUAACACAUUCAAUGUGAUUUAUGCUUGCCUCUUAACUGCCACUUGUUACUAGUGACAACUCCUUGGAUUUAAAAAAGCAGAAUUCCAAGAUCCCCAAAUGGAAUUUUUUUUAGUACACAUAAAUGAUACCAAAAUUCGAAUUGUGGAAAUUAUGCCUACUGGAAUUUUCUAGCAACAAAAUUAGAGUUCCCCAUGCAGAUACAAUGCUGCUUCAGAAACUUACAUUUAUCAUAAAACUCUGUGUUACUUUUACAUAACAUGAAAUCGUAAGUGAAUUGAUUUAAGUAAAAGAAUUGACUGCUGGUUGAGGUACGCUCUUGGAAAUAUGAUAGGCAUCCCCAUUAAAAAAUCUGGAUGUAAAUCAGAGCUUAAAUAUUUUUUAAAAUACAUUAUUUACCAAAUAUAUAUGGUAGAGGAAUAAGUUAUUCCUGGAGCAGAGAAGAACAAUGUUAAUAUGAGUUUUUUAAUAUAAUUUUGUAAUCUCUGCCUCAUACCUUGUUGUUUACCAAGUAAGUUUUCUGUGGUCUUAAGCCCACAGGUAUCUCUGUCAAGGGACAAGAGCGCCAGUCAGAAAUUGAAUGUCUCAUUUCACUCACCAGUUUCAGUCAUCCUGAACAUUUAUUUAUAGUUAAUAAAUAUUCUGCUGCCUAGACACUUUGCAUUAUAUCAAAGCAACUUUUAGAGCUUGUGCCUCUGGCUGGAACUGUUAAUAAGCUGGAGGGAGACUGCAAAAAUAAAGCUAGAGUUUUUAUAUAUGGUUUUCAUGUUUUCUUUUACUCUGAAAGGCAAGUCAUAGCAAUUCAGGGAAUGUAGUAAGUGAAAUAAUUUCUCAGUGUUAUUGCUACAAGCUUGUUGGGUUUGGACUUCUGCAGGUGUAUAUAAUGUGCUCUCCUGCUAGUUAAUAUUUUAGAAGUAAAGCUGCAAUUAAUUCAUCGAUUGGUUGUAGGCUUAAUAAUACUGAGAAAAAUCACUUUCUUGACAGCAUUAUCUGAAUCCAUUCCCUGUGAGAAAGGAUAGGGAGUGCUGCUUUAUCUUGACCACUGCUUUUGCACUCUGAAUUAUUAUUAUUAUUAUUAUUAUUACACAGGCACUUCCAAUUCUGUUGUAAUGACUCCAUUUACAAAUAUGCAUAUCCAUUUAUUUUGAGAUAUAGAUAUGCCUAAACCUGUGUUGAAAUAUAGCUGAGAUGUGCAGAUUUUCAGCUAUACAUUUGAAGAUUGCUUUUCGAAUGGCUAUGUAUACGGAAGGAAGAUAUAAACUAUGCUAAGACAAUCUGGAUAAUGGGGGUGGGCAAGCUGAAUUGAUAAAAUAUUAAGAUGGUAAGUGAUAACGAAGUGACAUUUUGCACUUUGCAUUGUGAAUAUUUUUGAUGUUACUAUAAAUAUGUACAAACACUGUAAAUAAAAAAACAAAUGUCCUUUUAUCGGAUAAUAUUUAAAA